CCGAAUGGAGUUCAGUCCCGCCAACCCAUACAACUUAACUUAGUUACAAAUUCGGCGAAAUACAUCCGUAUUUAUCGAAGUACGAGCAAUGUGAUUACAAAACGCGAUUGCAAACUUGCGUGAUGAAAUGACGGUUUUCUCGAUGCCCAACAAAAAAUAAGCUGCAACUGUAAACUUGGCGUGUUUCGGUGCUGUUAAGUUCUCCGCGAUAAAGUGAGGUUAUGUGUGUACUGUGUAGUUGUUUAGAUUGAUUAAGUUUGUGUUGUGAAAACUUGUUUGUUAUUCCUUGAAUAUAGGAUAGCGGAUAGGGAGAAAGGAUAUCAUUGGAUACUUGAUCGUUACUACUUGAAUUGGAAACUUGCAUUAAAGGAGAAGCCAUCAAGAAAGAAAGACCUAAACACGAUUCAGCGUCUAAUCCAGAAUUCUCCCUUCCUCUAACCGACGGCAGCAGAGCACAUGUUCGUCAAGGGAGCCCGUCAGUUGAUCGGGCUGCUCUCCCGUUCCCCAGGGAGUCGCCCUUUCCCAGCAAGACCCUCGCCAGGGCGGCCCUUCCACUUUCGCAGACAACUCGCCAGUUUGGGCUCCCUGCCGCAACUUACUAAGGAUCGAUACCCACACGUGAAAAGGGGAGAGUACGCCAACUUAGACCAACAGCAUGUGGGAUUCUUCAAGGAUCUUCUCGGCCUCAAUCGAGUCAUCACGGACAGUGAGGAAUGUGAGUCCUUUAACGUCGAUUGGAUAAAAGGAGUAAGAGGUUAUAGUCAGUGCGUCCUCAAACCCAAAACUACCGAAGAAGUAUCAAAAAUUCUAUCUUAUUGUAAUAAGCACCGAAUAGCUGUUUGUCCACAAGGAGGUAACACAGGGCUUGUCGGUGGAUCUGUUCCAGUUUUUGAUGAAGUGAUUUUGUGGACAGGGCUUAUGAACGAAAUUGACAGUUUAGACGAAACAUCAGGUGUUCUAACAUGUCAAGCUGGAUGUAUAUUAGAAAAUUUGGAAAGCUACGUAUCAGAACGAGGUCUGAUGAUUCCUCUUGACCUGGGAGCAAAAGGAUCCUGUCAUAUUGGUGGAAAUGUUUCGACCAACGCUGGUGGCCUGAGAUUAAUACGAUAUGGAAAUUUGCAUGGUAGUGUUUUAGGUAUAGAAGCGGUUAAAGCUAAUGGGGAAGUUGUGGACUGCUUAAGUACAUUAAAGAAAGACAAUACAGGAUAUCAUUUAAAACAUCUUUUUAUGGGAUCUGAAGGAACAUUAGGAAUCGUUACGAAAGUUGCAAUUAAUUGCCCUCCUAAGCCCAAGGCUUAUAAUGUGGCGUUUUUAGGUUUAAAUACCUUUGAAGAUGUCCUGAAAACUCUCAGAAAAGCCCGAGAAGAAUUGGGAGAAAUCCUGGCAUCAUGUGAACUGAUAGACGACUUGAGCUUAGAUCUGGUAACGACUCAUCUUAACGUUAAACCACCAUUUGAGCCUUAUCCUUUUCAUAUGUUGAUCGAAACCCACGGUAGCAAUGCUGAACACGACGAACAAAAAAUGAACAACUUCUUAGAAAAUAUAAUGGCAAAGGGAUUAGUAAUGAAUGGAACAACUACUAAUGAAGUUAGUAAAAUGAAGACCAUAUGGGAUUUGAGGGAGAGAAUCACAGAAUCGCUUACAAGAGAUGGAUAUGUGUUUAAAUACGAUAUUUCUCUUCCCACGGAACACUUCUAUUCGCUAGUUCCCAUCAUGAGAGAAAGACUGGGAGAUCUAUCAUUUAGAGUAUGCGGCUACGGACAUGUUGGUGACGGAAACAUACAUCUUAACAUUUCAGUUCAUGAAUUUACAAAAGAAGUUCUAGAGCGAAUUGAGCCCUAUAUUUACGAAGUCACAGCCAAAUACAAGGGCAGUGUUAGCGCUGAACAUGGCGUUGGAUUCAGAAAACCGAAAUACAUCCAUUAUUCUAAAACCAAAGAGGCAAUAGCUCUAAUGAAACAGCUCAAGGCUUUAAUGGAUCCGAACGGUAUCCUCAAUCCUUAUAAAGUGUUACCUCCAUAAUUAUUGAGUUUUUAUAUGCUUGUUCAAUUGAAAUGCACCUUUGGUAAGGUUAGCCUUGGAUGCAAUUGUAAUUACUCAACUGACGUUUUGUAAUGUUAGUUAUGUUUGUAAACGUCAAACUGACCAGUUCAUACCAUUUGUAUGUAACUGUGGUUUUAAGUAAUGUAACAUCACUAGUGGGAUUCCGGUAGGCGCCAGAUUUCAUGGCUUAAAAAUAACAGAGAUUGAACCGGUGUUGAUUCAACAACUUUGUUUAGAGCCAGAUUGGAUAAAGACAGAUUUGCCAAUGUAGUCGCUAACCUCUACUAAAGGAGGCAGCACUGAAUGUUUGCAGGCUUUAAAAAUUCAUACGCGAAUGCAAGUAGUGUAUGGAAAAUGCUGCUUUGCUACAACUAUCAAAGAAUGGUGUCAAAAAUUUUUAAGAUGGCGACGAAUAAGACGUCCAGAUAAACUCUCUCACCUCAGUGUCUCACAAGUUAACCAUUUUAAAUACCUAGGAUGUUGGAUAAACGAGACACUCAAUCCGGAUGAAGAAAUUAAAACUCGUAUAGAAAUUGCAAGAGGAGCAUUUAUGAAACUUUCUGUCUAUUCUGAGCAACUCUCAGCUGAACUCUUACAACUAAGAAUCAAGUUGUGGUCGUAUACAUGUGUACAUGUGGUCGUAUCGUAGAAUGCUCAGAAUAUCUUGGGUUCAACGCAUUUCAAACAGAGAAGUCUUAAACAGAGUAGGUCAACGCGAAGGUGAUUUAACCAAGAUGAUAAAAAAGAGAAAACUUAAAUAUCUGGGGCAUAUAAUGAGAGGUAGCAGAUACAGGAUGCUGCAGUUAAUACUCAAUGGAAAGAUCGACGGAAAAAGACGGAAGAAAUAUUCAUGGCUCCGAAACCUUCGUCAAUGGACUGGCUUAUCAGCAGAUCAAUUGUUACAUGCCGCACAAGAUCGAGAAAGAUAUCGGCAAAUUGUUAUAGAAGCUACCCACGCCUAAAAAUUUGGGCACGGUUUUGUGUUUUUUUGCCUAAAAAACACAACUUAAAUUUUGAAGAUAGUGUCAUUCUUCUGCACGAUAAUGAUCUGUUACGGUUUUUUUAAACCUUCACAAUUACUUUAUAUAUUAUGUUAAAUUGAAAGAUGUUUAAAUACUUUAAAACCCUCUGGUUACGCCUAUGGUAGUUCCUAUAAAACAGUUGGUUCGUUCGCAAAAAGGUUCUGUUCUGUUGAUUUGUUUAGGAAUGGUUUGAGAUUCUAGAAAUAUGCUGUCUUUCUCUCGUUCACAGGUUGUUCAUAGGUUCUUGUCACGUAACUGAAUCAAUCAGUGGUUCCGUGCUUAAAUGGUUCGUUUGAGUUGGAACUCAGAUGGAAUGACAGUAAGGACAGUGCUAGGAUUGCAAAAUUUAAGUUGUGUUUUGCUGAUCCAGAUUCAUCCGCCAUAAAAUAGGUUGGUUUUACGAAAAACCAUCGUCUAAGACGGAUUUGAACCUACAAAUUUUGUGUGCGGAUGAAUAAUUUCGGUUUAGUUACUGUGACAUAACCUCAGCUUGAGACACGUGAGUAUCUUAAAAGACUAUACUAUAAUCAAUAGUUUUGGUCGUUGUUGUACGCUUGGACUAACGUCCUGUGUCUUUACUAGGCUUGUCCAACAUCUGCGGUUGAGAAAAGGUCCUGUGACAAUCCCUAUCUGUUGGCCACAUAAAACCUCAGGUAAAAACACAGGACGUAUAAUCUUUUAAGAUACUCAUGUGUCUCAAGCCGAGGUUAUGGCACAGUAACUAAACCGAAAUUAUUCAUCCGCACACAAAAUUUAUAGGUUCAAAUCCGUCUUAGACGAUGGUUUUUCGUAAAACCAAACUAUUUUAUGACGGAUGAAUCUGGAUCAGCAAAACACAACUUAAAUUUUGCAAUCCUAGCACUGUCCUUACUGUCAUUCCAUCUGAGUUCCAACUCAGACGAAGCAUUCAAGCACGGAACCACUAAUUGAUUCAGUUACGUGACAACCUGUGAACGAGAGAAAGACAGCAUAUUUCUAGAAUCUCAAACCAUUCCUAAACAAAUCAACAGAACGGAACCUUUUUGCGAACGAACCAACUGUUUUAUAGGAAGUACCAUAGGCGUAACCAGGGGGUUUGAAAGUAUUUAAAUAUCUUUCAAUUUAACAUAAUAAUAUAUAAAUGAAUUGUGAAGGUUUAAAAAAAAACCGUAACAGAUCAGCCACAUGUUGCCAAAGUAAUUAAAGAAAAUCUAUAACGAAAAAGAUGGACGAUAUUAGGGCAUCCGCCCUACAGUCCCAAUUUAUCCCCUUGUGAUUUUCACAUCUUUGGGCCACUGAAAAGGUAAUCGUUUUCUGUCGGAUGAAUAACUACAAAAUGACGUAAAAGAAUUAUUCGAGUAAAUUUUUUCGGGAUCAAAGAUGAGUUUCAAUUGAACAAGUAUUUAUUAUUAGUUGGUAUUGGCUGGUUGGAGUAUUGAAAUAUAACAGAAAAUGGGAAUGGUUUAGCAGAAGGUAAAUGCUUUAAUUUGCUUUAAUGGAGGAAGUCCAGAAAUACUCAACCACUAAUACAAAUAUCGUAUCGUCAAUUAAUAUCUUCAAGAAUUACUGGUACCAAAAUGAUGCCAAAAAAUUAUUUCUAUUAAUCUAGUUGUUUUAAUUUUCUAGUGUUCUGCAGGAAAACCUAACAUGCAACACAAAAAUUCUUACUUCUCACUAGAAAUAGCUCAAAUAAAAUUAAAUUGAGAGAAAUAGAUUAAGAGGCUGUGAAAAUUUAAGCAUCUUUUUUGUUAAUGACAUGUUAUAUAUUUUAUGUAUAAGUUAAUUGUAAAAUGUGAAUAAAUAUUUUUUAAAUGUU